CAGCAUGCCCGCUGCUAGACUGGCAGCCGCCAACCGAGCGAGGUCCACCGAGACCUGAUUAAUCCAAUGGCAGCGACGCACGGCAGCCUACCACUGCCGCCGGCUGCAGCGCUGGCCUUGCACCAGCAGCGACUGCCGCCGCCGCCACAGCUGCCACCGCCACCGCAGCUGCCACCGCCACCGCAGCUGCCACCACCACCUCUACAUAGACCCCGAGGGAAGAAGAAGCCCAAGACUGCCAAAUCUAAAGAUACACCGAAACGGACGUCCUCAGAGAUUCCGGCGCCUCCUUCUCCACCGUGGCCUAUCCCGGACCGCCGCCGAAGACCGGGGCCCAACCCGGUGGUGAUAUUCUCGGUCGCUUUCGUGGUCAUCGUCGCGCUGGCCGUGGCGUCCUUCUUCCAGGUCCGUGAGCGCGUGGAGUCCGGUCCCGAAGCGCGCCGGGCCAGGCAGGCUGCAGCCGCCGCAGCGAUCAAGUCCACCACCCAAGAGGACGAGCCGGCCACGACGAUUCGGCUGACGGACAACACCGAGGAAGAGACGCUGCGCACCGCUGUCUUCCUGCCCAAGGCGCGCACGCGCACGCGCACACCAACCAAGAAAGGCCGUUGAAUUUGUGGUCGAUGUGUGCUUCCCGUACACGUCAACCCCUGCCACCAUUUCUCAUUAAAAAAGUGUUGCUCUGAGUCACA